AUGAGGAAGAAGUUGAAAUUACCUUUGAUAACUAAUGAAAGAUCCAGGAAAGCAACAUUUAUGAAGAGGAAGAAAGGAAUAACAAAGAAACUCCACGAGUUGACAACUCUAUGUGGUGUCCAAGCUUGUGGGGUCAUCUACAGUCCAUACCUAUCGGUACCAGAGGUGUGGCCAUCGAGAGAGACGGCUAACAAGGUAGUGUCCCAAUGGAAGAUGAUGUUGGUGAUGGACAAGACCAAGAAGAUGGUCAACCAAGAGACCUUUCUCAAACGAAGGAUCACCAAAGCAACCGAGUCUUGGAAGAAGGUGCAGAAAGAAAACAAAGACUUGGAGAUGAAAAACAUCAUGUUUGAUUGUCAUAAUGGCAACACUUUUGUUUAUCGUCUCCCGAAAUGUGAUCUUCGAGAUUUGGGUUCUGUAAUUGAACAACAUCUCAAAGAUGUUAAUCGUAGGAUGGAGAUUCUGAAGAGGAACGAUGAUGAAUCAUCUUCCUCCCUUGUUCUUGUUAUUACCGACAACAUCUAGUGUUAUGCCAUGAUUGAGAUGGGUUCUUCAUCGGUUGGAUCUGAAUAAGAAACAGUACUGUGGUGGUGCUUGGAUCUGCCCUCUCUUCUGAAGCCUCGUGUUGGUGGUAAGCCACCGUGUAGAGAGAAGAUACUCCCCAAGGGGGUUGGGUUGCUGAUGUCCUGGCUGCUUGAGGACGGUGGCUUGUGUGUUCAGCGAUGUUACUGGUGGGUCUUGGCGGAACGACUUUCUCUCUUGCGGUGGUUUUUAGAUCUGGUUUCAGAUCUGGGAUUUUGUGGCUUUGAUGUGGUGUGGGAGCAGCUUGGUUUCCUUCGGUGACUAUGCUCGUGGCAUUUCUAGAUUUCAGUGUAGCUAGCCGGUCUCUUCUCGCCUUUCUUCCUUUUCAGGUUUGGUGUUGAUCCAGUUCCUUGGCAUUCCACGGAGCUUCUCUUUGUUGGUGUCUCGGUCUCUCCUUCAUCGAUUUUCUCCGGCUUCCGGUUGUUGAGAGUGAGGAUUCGGAUUUGUGGCACAAGUGGAGGCUUCCUCGGCAUCAGUUUGCUAUGCAAUUUUUUGCCUUUGGUUGUUCGUGUGGCGGUUAGUCUCGUCGUGGGUAGUUUCUUUGGUUAACGACGAGUCUUCUCUUCCUUGUGGGAGGACGUUUGUGGCAGCUUUGUCUUCUAUGGCUGCUAGUUUGCGGUUUCCUUCAGGUUCUCUUAUCUCUGCUCCGGUAGUUCGAUGUUGAUGUUUUCAUUUCGUUUAACAGUUUUGGCGGUUCGCGUUAAUCCCAAGAGGAGUCUCAAGAGAAGAAUAGAGGCGGCGCUUUGGUCUAAGUGGCAUCACUUAUCUGUGGGAGAUGGUUCCUGUUGUUUACAAUAGGAAUGGCGAGUAGAGGUGGGUUCUCUGGUCGCCCGUAGAUGCUCCUGUAACCAACGGGUUUGUGAGUAAGUCCAUUGUUGUCAUUGCGUUUUUGCGUUAGUUUGCGAAGAAGCUGUAGGCGCUUAAUCUUGAGGUUUUGAAGGCUGGCCUCUUUAGGAUUUGGUUUGCUCGUGGCAACUAGGAUGAGACUCCAACUCCUUGGAGUUGUGGAAAUCACGCAAAUUUCCAAGUUUAACAUCUUGGAAUCGGUGUUUCUUCUUCUGUUUCCUUUUGGGUUUAUGUUUUUCCUCCAUUAUUGUUUUGUUUUGUCUGUUUAUUAUGUAGAUUUUGUUCUUUUCUGCUACUUGUAUUCUCUGUAACUUCAGUAAAACUUCGAAAAUGGUAUAAUAAAUCUUCACAUU